UACCAAAUGACACACACACACAUGGUCACACUGAGUCACACGCACUCGCACACGCUGCGCGCACACGCGUUCACACGCAGUUACCCUCGCGGUGAGAAUCACACACUCACACUGAAUCACGCACGCACACACACAUUAAGUCACGCACGCUCACACCAAGUCACACAUACACACACACAUUAAGUCACACACAUACACGCAUCACACUAAGUUACACACACACGCUCACACUAAGUUACACACACACACGCACGCGCGCGCGCGCUUCCACGUACACACACGCCUCCCACUACUAAGUCACGCUCACGCGGGAGAGAGACAACUGGUUUGCGACGCAGCGCGCAUCCAUGGAUUGCAACAUUCGCGCGUUCUUCCUGAGCGCCGAGCGCUACUGCGCUCCCUACAAUGGGACCCCGAGCAGCGGGAACCCGGCCAUGCCCGGCUUCGUUUGCCCUCGACCGGGGGACUCAGCCGACGACAUCUUCUGCUGCGGCUUCAGCGACGCAAAGUACUGCUGCUCGGAAAUAGGUCGCUACUUCGAUGAGAACUACGACUACAUGUGGCGGCUUGGGCUGGGCGCGGUGGUGGUGCUGGUGGGGGCAGGUGCCGUGUUCAUCACAUUCGUCGUCUGCAUUGCACUCUUCUGCUUCAUUUUCUUUUGCCACAAGGCAAAGUGCAUCAAGCAUGACGCAGGCCUCCUUGUCAACGUGAACCUCGUCGACGCAGCCAAAACCCCCGGCGAAGCCUCUGGCUGUGUCGGAAGGUCACCACCGGUGCUCGACAGAUCACAGGAGAACGGAGUUUCGAGCAGCAACAAUCACGCUCAUCAAAGGGCACCCAGAGAGGCGUGGGUCCCAGUGCUCAUCACACAUACCGCACAAGUGGUGACUCACGAAGCUAUCAGCACGCCCAUCGCCAUACCUUAGUGAUAUCCCGUAGUGAUUAUGGGGGGCUGAGCCCCCCCCCCCACCCCCGUGCAAUAUUCAUCACCAGUGGCUAUCUUUCCACGUACGUCGGGCCUGACAGCUGGAGCAGAGUGCAUGAUAGACAA